CCUCCCUGUGUGGGCGGGGCUUCUCUGACCUGGUGUUAAUCCGACCAGGAUCGGUUUGAAGUCAGCGGAGUGGAGAAAGGAGCCGAAAGGAAUGACGGAGUCGGCAGUUUUAACUUCAGAAACACGGAGGUUCGACAACGUGAAUGCGCAGAGGAGUAAAAGGGUCAAGUAGAAGUUUAACAUGGGACUCUAACUUUUGGGGGGGGGAGUUUUUUGCGGGGGAGGGAGUCCGUCGAGGCUCAACAUGGAUGAUCCGUGCAGCUCUGAAGAAGAAUUGAGGCUUUUCUCAGGCUGACUUUUCUUGUCUGACGGAGCUGAGGAGUUUUAUCUCAAGGUCUAAAUAUCAAAAAUCCAAGCUUUGAACAGACAUCAGCAAAGAUGUUGACGCCGUGGAGGCGGGACGUGCCGCUCUCAGAGAGGCUGGGGGAGGACCCCGUCCUGGCGGCGGCCCCCGCGCCCCCGCCGACGGCCGCCCCGGCGGGCCCCAACAUGUCGUGGCUCCCUGAGGCCCCGUUGCUGAGCCAGGACCAGCCCAUCUUCCUCAUGACCCCAGCGGCUCAGGCUGUGUCCGGCUUCUUCGUCUGGACCGCGCUCAUCCUCACCUGUCACCAGAUCUACAUGCACCUCCGUUUCUACAGCUCCCCGAGGGAGCAGCGGCACAUCGUGCGGAUCCUCUUCAUCGUUCCCAUCUACGCCUUCGACUCCUGGCUCAGCCUCCUCUUCUUCACCAACGACCAGUACUACGUGUACUUUGACACCGUGCGGGACUGCUACGAGGCAUUUGUGAUUUACAACUUCCUGAGCCUGUGCUAUGAAUACCUGGGAGGAGAGAGCGCCAUCAUGGCCGAGAUCCGAGGGAAGCCCAUCGAGUCCAGCUGCAUGUACGGGACGUGCUGCCUGAGGGGGAAGGCCUACUCCAUCGGCCUGCUGCGCUUCUGUAAGCAGGCCACCCUGCAGUUCUGCGUGGUCAAGCCGCUCAUGGCCGCCGUCACCGUCAUCCUGCAGGCCUACGGCAAAUACAAGGACGGAGACUUCAAUGUUGCCAGCGGUUACCUGUACGUGACCAUCGUCUACAACGUCUCCGUUAGCUUGUCCUUGUACGCCCUCUUCCUCUUCUACUUCUCCACCCGGGAGCUGCUGAGCCCGUACAGCCCCAUGCUCAAGUUCCUCAUGGUCAAGUCGGUCAUCUUCCUCUCCUUCUGGCAGGGCAUGCUGCUGGCCAUCCUGGAGAAGUGCGGCGCCAUCCCCCAGAUCAACUCCGUGGAGGUGUCCGUCGGCGAGGGGACGGUCGCCGCCGGCUACCAGAACUUCAUCAUCUGCGUCGAGAUGUUCUUCGCGGCGCUGGCCCUGCGCCACGCGUUCACAUACAGAGUCUACAUGGACAAGAGCCUGGAUUCACACGGACCUCUUCCUACAUAUGGAGAGUUUGGCCGCCGCGCCCCCAUGAAGAGCAUCUCCAGCAGCCUGAAGGAGACCAUGAACCCGGGCGACAUGGUGCAGGACGCCAUCCACAACUUCUCCCCGGCCUACCAGCAGUACACCCAGCAGUCCACGCUGGAGCAGGGGGCGCCGGCCGCCGUGUCCCGCGCCCGCGGGGCCGGCGGUGGCGGCGGCGGGAGCGGCCGCGGCGACACGGAGAAGACGCUGCUGCUCAGCUCCGACGACGAGUUCUAGAGAACGGCGUCCAGAAGGUGUUGGUGGCAGAUGGUACUUGAUGCUCUUCAGGGUGUGAGUGAGCAGGCAGGUGUGAGUUUGACGGUUUUCUGUUUUUUUGACGCUGUCCGUGAAGGCGAGGACCCGGAUGAUCCCAGACUCUCUCCUCUGGUCGGAACACUCUGAGCCCGUUUGGCCUUUUACAACGCUGGCCAGGAACUGGAGCUUGAGUUCAGGUUGCAAAGUGUUGGCGUGAGUCACACUCUUCCAUUCUGAGUCAUCGCGGACUUUUUGGAAUGUUUUCCGGCUCGGAUGAUUUCACAUUUCUGCUCCGUCUGGCGGAAACAUUAUCGUCCAACGGGAUUUAUUAUUUUUUCGUUCUGGACCUGAUUCGUUUCACAUUCUUCAGCACCUCUUGUUUUUAGAUUGUCGUUGGUUUAUACAACGGGUUGAAUUUCUCCAUGAUGUUAUUGAUAUCGGGGGUGUCAGAUUAUAAACCCUACAGAACAUCUGCUGCGGGGCUGAAGGGCGACGGCCAGCCGGUCAGGAUUACACUAGCUGGUGUAAUUUCUAUGGCUGGGAUUAAAGCUGGUGCCUGUUUCACUCAGGAAGUGGACCAGUGAUGUAGGUUAACUGGAUUUAGGGAUAAAUGAGAGAGGAAUAUAGGUUACUAAUAACUAUACAUGCUUGUUCUCAGCAGUGCUAUCAAAGGAAUAAAGCUCUUCUCUGGUCAUAUACCAACAUUACAAAUGUUAAAACUAAAAUAGGAACAUUUCAUCACGUGUGUGCGUGAAGGAAUUACUCUGAGUUCUCUGUUUCAGCCAGCGACCAACUGGUGACAACAGUAGCGACUGGUAAAUAAGUCAAUAAGUCGGACUUAUUUUAGUUUAAUUCUAAAUAUCCACCCGUUUCCCCACCUUAGUAGAGACUAAAGUCCAUCCCGAACAAGUGAGGUUCUGUACUUCCUCUCACACACCUGCUUUGCCUGGUUUCAGUAUUGUUACGUUUUUUGCAUUUUUACAGUUCUUAUCUAAAACUGUGACAAAUGUGAAAGAAGAAAAACAGAAUAUUAGCACACUAACAUGGAAAAAUAUAUCAUGCAAUUAUAAUAUAGUUACAUUAUACAGCAUUCACUGUUAAAUAACAUAUACUGCAUUUUCUUUCACUCUGAUGCUCUUUGUCCUGAAGUCCUUGAGGUCCUGAGUGGGUCACUGGGAGUCCACCAGGGGGCCGCGAAGACCAGCAGGCGGCCAUUCAUCUCCCACACGUUAAGCUGCACAUGCAACCGCUUUGUCUGAGCACCAGUCUGUCGCUUGGUUUAAUCCCAUCAUCGCUCUGUGGCUUUUUGUCCUCAGAGGAAAGAAGAACGCCUCAGACUGCGGUCAUAUGGGUCUUUUCUCUCUCUCUUUUUGUGUUGUUUGUACUUCUUCCUGACAUAAUAUUGGUUUUAAACAGGACAGAAGCCACGUCUGUGCACAGGAGCAAGCGGGCUACUUGGAUCAUUUCUUGUUGACAUCCAGCUCCAAGUGACGCUGAGUCUCCUUUUAUAAACUCUGUUCGUCGUGUUGCCAUUAGGUUACAAGCUGUGUGCACAACGUCUUGUCUAAAUAAAUUCUAAUGCUGAAUCACUGAAUGCUGUAAUUCGCUGGCGAGCUUGAACUUCGUCCUGUUUCUCUACUUGUUCAGAUGUAUGAGUAAUGCUGUAAAUAGUUUGACGUGCUUCCUUCAGAAGGACACGCAGUGAUGUAUGUUUCAGUAGUCGUAUAUGAGACGGAGCGAGAACAAAGAGACCUAGUUUUGUAAUUUUACUUCAUGUGUCUUUUCAUUGGGCUGACUUGUGUUUAAUAAAGCUGCUCAUGACGCUAUUAUUUCAUGUCAAAUGGAGAAGAUAUAAUAAAAAUAUAUUUAGUCUGGUAUGGGAGUUAACCGCUUGUUUGUUUAGUUUAAGGCAUCAUGUGAACUGUUUAAAGAUCCUCUAAAUGGAUACACUGCUUCAAAAAAUGUCAAGUAUUUUAUUUUUGAUUAAAUUAAAUAAACUGGAUAACAUCUCA